GAUUUAUUGCGCUAUUGGUCGUUCUGGUCCACCGGAUUCAGCGCGACUCCUCCUCUUGACCACCUCCUUGCCACGUGAGCAAUCCAUCUUGAACUUGUCCGCUGCUCUACAUCUUCCUAAAGAAACACGUUUUCUUAUUUCUAAAUUUACCGCGAGGUAGAUUGCGAAGUCGUUUGCAUAUCCUGAUAUCGGCUUCCUCAAAUUUCCAACUUUCCCAUUUUCACAUCCCAAUUUCGAAUUCGGGUUUCGCAGACAACGUGACCUGAGUCUUGUUGUUGUCGGGCAGGUGACUUCCUGUCAGGUGAUAAAGAGAGAUCAUCCCAAGGACGAUUAGCUUUAGGGCUUAGCAUGUCUGAUCCCACCAUGAAUAGCCCGGAUAACGGCUCGCAUAAGCGCAAGAGAGACGGCUCUGAGGAUCUUGGUCCCGACCCGCAGCGUCUUAACCGCUCUUCCCACGGAAGCAACGGCAGCAUGGAUAACCAGCACAACUUUGGCCACGGGGGGCUCGGAAACUACGACCACGGACUUCCCAACACUGGGGCCGAACUCAACAUCGAUCAACAAAUUCUUCAACAUGUCGGUCCGCAGAACGGCCUGUCCGACGAUAACGCGUUGACCGCCAAUGCCAAAGCCGCCCUAGCUGCCCACACUCCUCAACACAAGUACCCCCCUCCUCCCGAUUCCGGCUUCGAUGCGAGCAACCUCACCCAAGGGUUGUCCUUUGGCGAUGAGAUGAACCAGACUCCCAUGGGCGGUGGCCACAACCACAAUUCGACCGCUGCUGCGGUUUAUGCCGCGCGCGAGGCUCAGAGUAUGAACCAGAAGCCUACCGUUGGUUCCCCCGAAUGGCACCAAAUUCGCAAGAACAAUCACAAAGAAGUUGAACGUCGCCGCCGCGAAGCUAUUAAUGAAGGUAUCAACCAGAUUGCCCGUCUUGUACCGAACUGUGAUAAGAACAAGGGCGCGAUACUCCAACGCGCUAUUGAAUAUAUCCUGCAGCUCCAGGAAGAAAAGAAGAACAUCGACGAACAAUUCGAGAAGCACAGCCUGACUGCUAAUCAUGCUAUCGCCGAGAUCAGUAGCUCGAACUCCAAGCUCAAAGGCGAGGUCGCCCGACGCAACAACAUUGCCCUGAAGUGGCUGUCGCGUUGCCGGGAUGCCGGCCUGGACUUUGAUGAUUACGAGGAGUCAAAAGAGCUAGAGUCACUGGAGAUGGAUUAGGCUUAUUAUCCUUAUUCUUCUGCAUGUGCUACGACUUGUUGCGUUUCCGGAGGUCAAGACUUGAACAUACCCUCAUCUCUCUUUUUUUUUUUCCAAAUCUGCUAUU